AUGGCGCUGUCAACCACCUCGCAAGGCAUCUGGCACCAAGAGCUCAUCGACGGAAAGCAAGUAUGGCACUUCUACCCCUCCCACGCCAUGACGCUGCGUCCCAACGCCGGCGCCGUCGCCGCGACUACCAUCGAGGCGCCGCCGCCCGUCACCUCCACCGACAAGAUCAUUGUCCACCCGCCGGGGCAGUUCCCCGCCGGCGCUGGCGGCAGUGGUGGUGGUGGGCCGCAGCUGACGUAUAACGUCUACAACACCUACAACUAUCCUGUUGCCCAGCAGCAGCAGGAGGCGAAGAAGGAGGAGGUGAAGGCGGUCGAGGCGAAGAAGCAGGAGGGUAUCUUGAUCACCGAGGAGGAGAUCAAGAUGGAUGCGCUGCUUCAUGAGCAGGCGGAGGCGCUGCGCAUGAGGAGGCAUUUGCAGACGGUUGACUAUGGGGUUGGGGAUGUGUAUGGGAGGAGGUGGGUUGGGAGGUAG